UAAAGCAGCGUGCGCGUGACGAUAUCGCCCCGGCGGCCGGUGACAAACAAUCGGCGUACAUAGCCGGCUUCAGUCCACACGCCAACGCACCCCGUUAUGGAAAAGCUGCAGCAACGAGGUCCGUGGCGCUUCUGGGUGGCGUACGCCUGCGCCUGGCUGCUGCUGACGCUGUGCUGCUGCUGCCCGGAGCCCGCGGGGGCGACGCUGUGCAACGAGCUGACCAUGCUGAGCGAGGAAUGCCAGUGCGAAGAGAUCAACGGCAACCUCACGCUACGGUGGGCCAACAUCCAUGUCAGCCCGCUGCUCAGCGACCUGGAGAAAGUGGCCGACGCCAACAUAUCCCUGUACGAGAUUCAGAUCCGGGACUCUGACCUGGAGGAGCUGAAGAAGGCUUUCCCGCAGUACAUCAAUGAUCACGUGGAGCGGCUGACGCUUGACAACACGCGCAUCGGCCAGAUAUACGUGGGUGACAUCAUACGGCCCAUGUCGAAGCUGCGCAGUCUGCAGCUCGAGAAUGAGACCAUCCAGGAGCUUCAGGCGAACAUGUUCGACUCGCUGCCCCUGCUGGACGAACUGGCCGUGAACAGCGCCCACCUGGUGUCCGUGCGCGAGAACGCCUUCGUCAAGCUCAACCUGAGCCGCCUUUGGCUGCGCUACAACCACCUGACUCAGGUGCCUGACGCCGUGAGCAAACUGCCCUACCUGCGCGAGUUGGACCUCUUCGAGAACCGCAUCGAGGUGGUCACCGACCAGGAGGCACUCGUCCUCCAGUCCAACCUCAAGCACCUCCGCCGACUCGUCAUGAACAAGAUGCAGUGUGACUGCGAGUUGGGCAAGGGCGAGUUCCUGUCCUGGAUUCGGCGGGCGAACAUCAGCGGCGUCAAAUGCGGCGAGCCGCCCUCCCUGCUUGGCAAGGACGUGACUGCGCUCACCACCAAGCAGUUCUGCGACGCGGCCGCCAUGCCGACAGCCGGAGCAACUUGCCUGGUUGCCUUGGCUGCAGCGCUAGUCGCCCGGUACUUCGCUGUCGCCGCCAGCUGAGAGAAGUCCAAGCCGUGUGAUGGGGAUUCGUGACUAAUGUGAUGGAGGAGUGGUGCUUCCUCUCAAUGGCUGGGAGUCGGUGCUCGAGUUGGACACUAUAGUAGAACGUUUUUGGCGAGUCGGUAACACCGUACGACAAGUACGAAAAUAUCUCACCAUUACAGUCAACUUGUAGCUUGCUUUUUAAGCGUUUUAUCCGUUUUAUAAUAGUUCAUGACGCGAGGUGACGUGAUGAGUGGAUCAAAGGGCUAAUAUGGAGGUAUUGAAGACUAAACAAGCUGUGUGCUCACCAGCAUGACAUGGUAAUACUGUAUACUUACCAUGUGCUAAACCUACUCCGCUUAUAAAAGAAGCGUCAGCGAGCGAGACCGCUGACUUGAGUGGUUAUAGUCAUAGUAAUAAGGGCUGCACGCGAGCACCAUUACCAUGAAUUCAAACCAACUAGCCCAAAUAGCCGUUCUUCCUCAAUGCAGUUAUAGUCGUAAGCAUGUGCGUAGCUCUCCAAGGGUGGGCCGGGGGAGAGGGGAGGUAGGCGGCGCCUUUCCCACCUUUCUGCACUACGCCCACACGUCUCGAUUGCCUAUUGGUCCAUUUCUAAAGAACCCAAUGCCUGAUUGAUUGCAAUGGAUACGGAAAUGAAAAUGAACUGAUAGCGUCCUUCACACAGCGGCCAACCCUUUUUACAAAGGCCUAUGGCUACAUCGCAUACGGACUGGACGUGCGAGUGUGCCGACAGACUAGUCGUUGAUUCUAUCACCUUGCGUACUUAGUGUACCAU